CUCCAACCCUAUCGCUCAUAUGACUUGUGCAGUUCGCGGUGUGUGUAUACAUACAUCUUUGAUUGUAAUAUUCAAAAAUUUGGUUGCCUAGAUUGCAUGUGCAUUGCAUUAUUUCAUUCUCACAUCCAUCCAUUCGCAGCCAUUUCUAAUUAUAAAUAUAUGAUACAUACACACAUAUAUAUAGGCUUCACUUACUAAAGGUGUGUCACAAGAGCAUAUUGUUUUUAGGCAUAUAUACUUAAUUAUUUGUUAGACCAUGCGAAUAUCUAUGCUCAUGCGCAGACCAGAACCGCCUUUACUGAACCUUCCCACCGGUCGGAUCAACACUCAAGUCCUCGAGCUCUGGCCACCGAAAGAUAAGGUGGUGGUUGUGAUGGGAGCAACAGGGACCGGCAAGUCCAGACUCUCCAUCGACCUUGCCACCCGCUUCCCUUCUGCAGAGAUAGUGAACUCCGAUAAAAUGCAAGUAUACAAAGGACUGGACAUUGUCACCAACAAGAUCACCGAAGAAGAGAGCCGAGGUAUACCUCACCAUCUCUUAGGAGUAAUAGAUCCUAAUGCGGAUUUUAGUGCCACAAAUUUCUGUAACAUGGCUUCACACGCUGUGAAAUCAAUUGUAAACACAGGGCAGCUUCCAAUCAUCGUUGGAGGCUCCAACUCAUACAUGGAAGCACUAAUCGAAGAUGAAACAUCCGAGUUCCGACCAAGGUACGAGUGUUGCUUCCUUUGGGUGGACGUGUCAAUGCCUGUGCUCCAUUCAGCCUUAUCCAGGCGAGUUGAUCAGAUGGUUGAGGCCGGCAUGGUGGAGGAGGCUAGAGAAAUGUUCACACCAGACGCCGAUUAUUCAAGGGGAAUAAGGAGGGCAAUUGGCAUCCCUGAAUUUGAUCCAUACUUCAGAGCCCAGAGAUGUUAUAAUGGCAUCAGAAAUGAUUCGCUACUUCAAGCAGCAAUACAGGCAAUCAAGAACAACACAAGCCAAUUGGCCAAAAGGCAGCUGGACAAAAUACAUAGGCUACGGAAUGUCAGGGGGUGGAAGGUGCAUCGGCUUGAUGCCACCGAUGUGUUCAGAAAACGCGGCAGAGAAGCUGAUGAGGCUUGGGAGGAGAUGGUGGCCGGACCCAGCAGCAUGAUAGUGAGCGAUUUCUUAAUGAUUUCGGCCGGCCUGAGGUCUACCCCAGUGCCGUGGCUACCGCCAUUAGAGGAGCCGCGGCAAUGGGGACAGCCAUGGCAGCUGCAACUCACUAGAAAGCAGCAAGUUGUGACUUCUAUAUAGUACAGUACAACUUGGCCUACUUUUUCAAGAGAGGAGUAAAAGGUCUAAUUUAUAAAUUCCGUGGUUACAGUUGUGAAUCUAGUUAUCUUUGAUGCUUUUGUCGGAAUAUAAAAUUAAGAAUAUGAUCCCACAUUAACAUUAUAGAGCAACAUAAACAAUAUCCUUUUCUUUAA